GUGCAGUUGAAAACAAAACAUUAAAAAAUUUAUUCAACACACAAUUUCGCUGGACUUUGUGACAGUAAAUUUUUAUAACUUUUGUGGAAAAAAUUUUUAUAAUAAUUAGUGAUCGCCACCAUCAAUAGGUGACGUCACAGCGGAACAGCUGCUUUUUGUACAUAGGAUGAUGGAGGAGUCGAAAGUUCAAGUCAAAUUGUGUCAUUUGUGCAGAAAAUUUAUCCAAGAGUCAAAGUUGGUCAAUUUGUCAAGUGUCAAUCAAAGUAAAUUGAAGAAGUGGGCAAGAACGAACAUUGGAAGACUGAUCGAAGGCAAGGCCUAUGCAUGUCAGCAGUGCAUUCAGGAUGCUCAUUACCUCAACAGAAAGACUACCAAGGACACCAAAGAAGCAUGGUGGGAUGAAAUUCCACUUGACUUUAAUUUCUACUAUGAAAGUGAAGAGAGUAGUGAAUCUGAGCAAGAAAAUGAGCCAGAGCUGCCACAUUGUCGAGUGGAUCUCUUGAAAUUAACUCCAGAGGACAUUGCGUCAGUCAACGGCCAUUGCCAGCAGGAAGAUAAUUUUCCCCGCACCUGCCCCUGUUGCUGGACAGAGUGCGAGACCAAAGAAGUCAUGGUCCGACAUGUCAAGAGUGUGCAUCAAAACUUAGGGUCGAUAUGCGAAAGGUGCGGCACCUUUUUCAAGAACCCGGAGGUUCGUCAGAUUCACAAUGAAUUGUGCCGCAAAACAGAUGACCUGGUCAAGGUCAAGUGCGAGUUUUGCAAUGACUGGAUCAUGUCGCCUUCUCAAUUGGCCAUCAAUGCCAUAAUGACAAAUGGGUCGGUGCGUUGCAACACUUGCAAGGUUUGAUUUUGAGUCGUCAGAGUGAUUAUUGUAAAUGUGUGAAUUACGUCUGACAAUGAGUGAACUUUUUGUAAUUUCACGCCAAGCAGAGUUGCAAAAAAAUUAUGAUAAUGCCAGGGUACAAUUUUUAAAGAAAAAAGUCUUUAAGACUGAUAAUAAUUAAUUCUGUAAUGAAAGCUUUAAGUUUUUCCUGAGAAGUUGGAUAAUGGAAAGUGUAUUUUUAGAACGCUUUUCUGAAAUCAAUGGAAAUGCCACCCAAAUACUACAUGGAAGCUCAUUGAUGUUAUUCUUUAAAAUAUAAAAAUCAUGAAUUUGUG